AUUUAGUUUCCCUUGAUCGUAUUGCAUCCGGUCUUUGCGUGUACUAUUCUCAUUUUUUGCUCCAUCUGCACGAGAUACUGGUAACAUAACAUGGUCGUCAUCGAGCGCUACGAAAAAACAAGCGCCGACCGAGAAGCGGCCUAUCGGGCGGGAACUAUAUAUUGAUUUAGAUUAAGUACAUGUUCGCAGCAGAAGCAUAGUUGUUGUUUUCUGUGGACACAGUUCAAGCUACCAAUGUCAAAACUUGCAAGAGGAAAGUGCUGCUUGUUCGCCCUUCUCGUGAACUCGGCGUUCGCAGCAACGGCAGUUGUCGCGUCCGGCCUCCGCCAAGAAGCAUCGUCGCCACACGCAGAAGUAGCCUCCUCGACUAUCAAUCAUGCGAAUGGUGGUCAUGGUGAGGUGCAUCUGCAUCGCGUCCGCGGGCACCUAGACCUCCGACAAUUCGCUGAAAACGCUGCGGCGCACAGCAGCCCGCAAUCCCAGACGCAGGCAGGGCGACUGGACCGGAACGCACAAUCAAGGACGACUGGACCGGAACGAGAGGCGAAGCACAGCCGCCCGCAAUCCCCGACGCGCAGCCGCCCGCAAUCCCCGAGUCGCAGCAACAUGAUGCUGGGACUGUUGCCGAUCCAC